GUGAUUUUAAGAAGUCAUCGGUCUGACCUCGACCAUUAUCCAUGUGUAGCGUAGACUGAAUUUGUGCUGACUGCAAUUAUCCACAAUCAUGAAGCUCAAAGCCAGAACAUCUCUAGCUGUACUGGGACGGAUUGUACAUCCAUCGAAGCCAUUCUCAAUCCAUGGAUUCCAUUCUCGACUUUUUACAAUCAAUAGUAGCUCCAAAACUCCAAGGGUUUCGGCGCCUCUAAGAAUCUUGUUCUGUGGUUCUGAUGAGUUUAGUUGCGAAUCUCUUCGUUCCUUGGUGGCAGAGAAGAGGUCAGACCCAAAAGGAAUCGCUUCUAUUGAUGUUCUCGUUCGGCCAGGUAAAAAAACUGGAAGGGGCAUGAAAGAGAUUCGUGAAGUACCACUGAAGAAAUUGGCCAAAGAAUUGAAUCUCCGCAUACAUGAGAGAGAUACAUUCACCGGAUGGGAUCUACCAAAACCAAAUGGAGAACCAAUCAAUCUUGUCGUAGCAGUUUCGUUUGGCCUCUUCGUACCACCGCGCAUUCUAAACAGUGCUGAAUACGGCGGAAUUAAUGUUCAUCCUUCACUUCUACCACAAUAUCGAGGAUCUGCUCCACUCCACCAUACUAUCAUGAAUGGAGACACGAUUACUGGUGUCUCACUUCAAACUUUAGAUCCACACAAAUUUGAUCAUGGCGCCAUUCUCUCUCAAGAAGGUUUCCCCAUCCCACAAUCUCAAACGAUAAAGUAUCAAGGUCUGCUGGACUUGGUCACACCCAAGGCGGCGAGUUUGCUUGCAAAGGGUAUCAGAGAUCGAGUCUUCAUAAGCCCAGAACCAGACCAAGGACUCAAACUUGCACACAAGGUCAAACCAAUUGAUAGAUUCAUUGAUUUUGAGGAGGGAUUAUCCAUCAACGUUGAACGAAAGUUCCGAGCACUGGGACGACUUUGGUGCUAUACACGUACUUGGUGGUCUGGCAAGAACAAAAAAAGGACAAUGUUUGAAGAUUUUGAGGUUGUACCAAUGCCAAAGCAAACUGGCGUGAUUCCAGACCAGGUGCUUUUGACAUUACCAAAAUGGGAGUACUUCUGUACUCGGGUGUAUGAGGAUCCUACUCACCCAGGGUCUAUUAUCAUUCCCACGGUUGAACAAGGUGUAGGGCUUCGAGUUAAACAUAUCCUCGUAGAAGGUCAGGUGGUGGGCUCAGCCAUUGAUGCUAUGCAUAGAGUAUCAGCUUUCACCAAAAAUCCAGGCGAUGACAAGGAUUUGUUCAUAGCUGUAGCAUUGACAGAUACGUCGGAGGAUGGUAAACAAUUAGUUUUGCGUGAUGUUAAAGGCACCGAGUAUGCAGCGAGGCACCUGGUCAUCCCGAAGGUGCUCAGGAUCAACAGGGCGCGCCACAUUGACCCUACCCCCAAGAAUCCAAGCCCUCUGGAUUGAGAGAUGAUUAUCUAGAUGUAUAAUAGAAUAAUAAUCCAAGCAAGAAAUCCUGAAAUCAGAUGGUAUGUAGUGUAUCAUCUCCUGCUUCAGGAGUUGAAGGUAAUCAUUUGACCCGUGGAAGAUAGAUGGCAGGGUUGAAAUACCUUUGGAGCUUUGGAGAGACAGGGAAAUAUUUUCAUCUUUAUGGUAUUCGAGAAGUUGAAACCAUCAUGCAAACACAGAAUAGGCAUAUAGGUUGGAAAGCAUUCGGUCUAAAGAAUUAGGGAGGACUAACCCUAAAUAUUAGGUGUAGCUCAAAAACCAACCGACACAUUGCCGAGAGCAAGAAGAGUGAUUUAGACCUUGCCUGAUACUUCUUAGAAACAAGAAUUCUCGGUAUGCAGGGCUAGGGAGGAAUAAUCAUUACCCAUCUGUUAUAGUUAUAGUGAGGGGUGGAAAAUUCUCCUUUGCUGAAACCGAGGAAAAUUGUUUAAUCAAUAUCCAAUAAGCACUAGAGAGAUCA